AUGGCUUCAGGCGUUGAAGGAGCCGCCGCCAUUGCUGGCUUCAUUAGCCUGGCUUUCGAAGCAUUUGAGGGAUGCCUCGAGGCAUACAGAUUCGUUUAUACGGCUCAAAGUAUGGGCAGUGAUGGCGACUCUGUGCGUUCUAAACUGGUGUGGGAACGGCAUCGCCUGUGCGAGUGGGGAGAGCGAACCGGCGUCCGCAACAUUGCACAGGAAAAGCUCAAUUGGAAUUUAGCCGUCACAUUGCUGAAUCAGCAAAAAGCACUCAUGACCUCUGCGGAAGCUCUGGAAGCGAAGUACAAGCUACGCAUUCCGGAAGAGAUCAUCAGUGCCAGCGACAUCGAGAAUGAGGCUUCCAGUGAAAGCACGCUGGGAAAGCUGCUACAGCGGCUCAAGCCGGAGAUCAAUCAACCCAGCAGCAAGUUUAUUCACUCCCAAAAUGGACCUCUCAAAAGGCUCAAGUGGGCCGCCGUUGGGAAGACUCAGGCUCUUCGAAUCGUCAGCGAGAUAGAAGAUAUCAACAACCGCUUGUACAGCCUUCUCGACUCGGCGGAUCAGCAUCGGCUGAAACUCGCCACAGAAGCUCUUCUAAGAGAUCUGGUCUCCAGGUCAGCCAACUCAGCCGAACUCGAAUCCAUUAAGCAGCUUCUCUAUCCAAAACAAUCAUUCAACGACCGGCAGAUAGCAGCAGCCGCGGAGCUUAAGCAGAUCAUGUCGAUCGUGGGCAGAAAGAACCCGGAUCACACGCUAGAUGCGGCAACCUUGGUCGAAAUGGGUCUAAAGCUCAAACUUCUAAGCACCAAAAGGCUCAAACCGCUACCUCCUGCGUCGCGAUUGGAAUGCUAUGGUAUUGAAUUGGGAAGAUACCGAGAUACCGAUGUCCUCAUUGAGUGGAGAUCGGCAGAAGAAGAAACUUGGGAUCUCAUGGAGCCCCAAAUGAAAGCCCUUGCCGUUCUCCUCGGGAAAAUGGAUGGCAGCGCUUUUCCAGUACUACCGUGCAUGGGCCUUGUUUCUUGGAAAGAACUGGAUUGCUUCGGAUUGGUUUACAACCUCUCUUCGCUAAAGCUUAACGGCCGAAUCGAGCUCAAGUCACUCCACGAAAUCAUCUGUGAGCAGCCACAGGCUUCGCUAAGCCGCCGAUUCGACAUUGCCAUGGCUUUGGCUGAAGCCGUUCUUCAAUUCCAUACCGCCGGCUGGCUACACAAAGGCAUCCGCUCCGAGAACAUAAUUUUCAUCACGAAUAAGGGUGCAUCAUUGGAGCACUGUCUUGGUACAACAGCUUACUUGAUUGGAUUUGAGAACGCUCGGCCGGACACUGAAGAUGGCCAGAUGUUGACUCGACAGCCGCAAACAUCCCUGGAGGACGACCUGUACAGACAUCCAUCAGCAAGAGGAGCGGACAGACAAUCGUUCCGGAAGGCGUUUGAUCUAUAUUCGCUGGGGUGUGUCCUUUUAGAGCUUGGUUCAUGGGAGAGACUUGUAGAUCUACACUCCAGCACUCCAGAUCUCUCUGAACGGAUCCAAAAGGCUGAACGGGACGAGAAGAUGCUGCCUCUACCCUCGCUUGUCGAGUUCGGAUAUGACGCGGAAGAGAUGGCAAAGUUGUCUCACACUGCUGGACAGAAUUUCACCGAUGUAGUCUCUCUUUGUCUCACAAACAAUGAAUCGGACUGUGAGAAGACAGAGGAUUCCUUGAAAAUUCAGAAAUCAGUUGUGGAGAUGCUUGGUAGAUGUAGCUGCUGA